UAAUUUCAUAAGUUUUUGAAUAACAAUGGUGAUGGAAGAACAACAGUCUGAUAUGGAACUAGAUUCGGAAAGAGUUCCUGUACCACAAGUACAAAAGUCGAUGGAAGAUUCGCAUAUAGAAGCAGUUAAUAAGGUUACAAACAUUUCUAGAGGGAAACCUCGACUUAGGAAAAAGGCACUUCAUGCUACUAUACUUAAACAAAUGGAAUUUUACUUCAGUGAUGCAAAUUUGAGUAAAGACAGGUUUUUAAGUAAUUUAAUUAAGGAAGACCCAUAUGUUGAUCUCAAUGCUUUUCUAAACUUUAAUAGAAUAAAGGAAUUAACUAGUGAUAUAAAUAGAAUAGCUAAAGCUGUGCAAACAUCUACAAUGUUAUCAUUAUCUGAAGAUGGAAUAAAAGUUCGUCGUGUAACACCAAUAGUACCAAAAGGAAAUAUAGAUGAAUGUACAGUUUACGCACAAAAUUUGCCUCCAGAUUCAGACCAUGAAACAUUGAGUUCAAUAUUUUCUCAAUAUGGUCCAGUUGUAUAUGUUUCUAUUCCACGAUUUAAAAAUAAUAAGAAGAUAAAAGGUUUUGCAUUUGUAGAAUUUGAUACACCUGAGAGUGCUAAGAAAUGUUUAAAGGCAUUUGAUAAGAAAGGUUGUGUUUUACCAUCAUACACAGCUCCUGAUGAACUUUUGAGCAUUACUACCUUUGAUGAAACAGAGAAGGAUAUAACAUUAUUGAAAAAUAAAAAGAAAUUAAACGAAAAAGGUGACUAUAUUGAAAAUAUUGUUGAUAAUAAAGAGCCACAAGAUAUAAUGAUGAUUAAAAAAGAUAACAAGGAAGAACAUGUAACUAAUAAUACUUCAGAAAAUCAUGAAAAUAAUAACAAAAAAAAAGCAAAGAAGAGAAAAUAUUUGGAUGGAGACUCUACAGAACCAAUUGAAACAGAAAAACAAACAGAUAAUGAAUUAAUAAAAAGUAAAAAGAAAAAACCUAAACAUUUUGAUGAUUUACAUACUGAGGACACUGAAUCAUGUAAUGAGAAACAAAAUACUGCUUCAUUAGAAGAUACACCAAAAAAAUCAAAUAAAUGUAAGAAGAACAUAUCUAUAAACAAAGAACAAGUAUCAGAUAUCUGUGUUGAUGAAAAUGAGCAAAUGGUAACUGAUGACAGCACCAUUUUAUAUAAUGUAGAACAAAACAUAAGUGAAAAGAAAAAGAAAAGGAAAAAACGAAAAAAACGAAGUAAAUUAGAGGAUUUUAGUUAUAAUAUAGGAUUACAGGUGAUGGCUAAAAAAGACUGGAAGUAUCUUAGGAAUAAAUAUCUAGAAUUACAAAAAAGUAAGAUGAAGCAACUUAAACAGCACUUAAAAAAGACAAGAUGGAAUCAGUGGUCUAAUUAUGAAAAAAAUAAACCUGAGAGAGAGGAGAAUGAUGAAAAGAUCAAAAUGAGUAAACAAAAUGUCACGACUACAUGUCGUUUCUCAUUUACACCAGGAGUUAUAGUUAAAAUUGAAAUGGAUAAACCAUGUAUAGAUUCAAAAAGUUUAAAGAUGGAAUUAAAAAAUAAUAAUUCUGUAAAAUAUAUAGAUGUUGAAGAUGGCUCUUGUCUAGCUUAUGUGAGAUGUGAUACUACUGAAGCUGCACAAGCAUUUACACAAAGAUCAAAUGAUGAAAGGCAUGUGACAGUACUAGAAGGCGAUGAAGAAAAAAUGUAUUGGAACAAAAUUUUACAUGACAGAGAAGAAAAAUUGAGUAAAAAGGUUAAAGUUAAACAAAGAGGAAGGAAUAAAUUACUGAAAAAAGCAGAGAAAGAACUUGGAAAGCAUAUCAAAUUUGAUGAAGUGUAA